AUGACAGAACGUAUUAGCAACACCGUUAAUGCCACCCUCGGUGGUUGGAAACAAAAGAUUGGUGAGAACCUUGGACAACCAGAGUUGGCCGCCAGUGGAGCUGCUCAAAAGACUCAAGCCGAGAAUGCUCAACGUCAAGCGGAUGAGAAGAAAUAUGUCGAUGGAAUCGGUCAUACAGUCGAAGGUCAAGCUCAACAGAAGAUCGGCUCCCUCACCGGUGAUAAGACCAUGCAGGCUGAAGGCAUUGCGAACGAAGCCCUCGGUGCCGCAGAAAAACAGAACCUUGAACGCCGUUACCAACAUCAUUAA